AUGGAUGUCGUUGGCGCUUACCGGCCGAUUUUCGAGCAUCGAUUUUGCGACGGCUUCAGCAGCUGCUUCAACGGCGAGGACGAGGGGUGGUCGAAUAGCGUCAUUGUCAGAUGCGAGGGCGGCAAGGCGACUGUUCUUCCUUGUGGGAGAAGCGACUGCGACUUCGCCACGCAAACCUGCGAGAACAGCGCUGAUGAAACAACCUACAUCUGCAUCGACAAAGAAACGACAACUCCAGAGCCAACGGAUCCGCCAAAUACGACCCCACCAGAUACGACUGAGCCGCCAAAUACCACUCCACCAGAUACCACUGAGACAUCAUACACGAUUACUCAUCCGACAUGGUCGACUGAAACAACAACGAAAGCUGAUGAAGAUUACGGAGAAGAAGCUGUUGAUGAAAUUUCGAACAUCAUCGACGACACCGUCCUUGAUGCCGAUCUUGAUGCAAAAACUCUGAAAAGAGUCAAAAAAGCGAUCAAAAAUCUUCAAAAACUCGUCAAGAAACUGCUCAAACACAGCGAAAAACUCGUGAAGAAGGAUGGAUGCACUUUUGAAGCUCCUGGUCUUGGCCCUAUCAGUGGCGGAUGCGGGGGACUUUUGGAUGCUGAGUUGAAUCUUGAAGCUUGGACUCGAGCCUACGGAAAGCACUGCAAAAAGGACAAGAACUCCUUUGUUGACCGAUUGAUUUCAAAGUACUUGACCAAAUCCAUGGAAACUAUCAAUGAAUCUACUGGCUGUUAA